UGAGCCAUUGCGGUGUGGAAGUCACCAUAUCCAACUAUUUGUUUUUCCCAUUACAAUUAUCAGGUACUCUUUCAAUUAAUCCAUCGAAACAUUGACAUUUUUUUCUCAUCUUGAAGAAAACAAAUUUGAACCAUCAAAUCAUGACUAUUCGUGUUAAUUCUUCCAUAUUCACCCCCGAGGUGUUGAUUUCUACACCUCGGAGAUCAUCAGCAACUCCAAACGCAGAUGGUAAAUUGGCGUUAUAUACCGUAUCGACCUAUUCUUUUCAAUCCCAUUCCAAGAGCUCCAGAAUCAAUGUCUUAGACAUUGGCACUGGUGAAAGUUCAACUCUGAGCGAUGAUGCGAGUGACAGUGAGCCAGUUUGGUUAGGAUGGAAGAAUGAGGUGCUAUGGUUGAGGUCUGGAGAGAAGGGAUCUACACAUCUGGUGCUUGCUGAUGCAGACAAUCCGGGAAAGAAGUAGACAUGACUUGAUCCAUCCAUGAAUAAACUUUUGCUGACAGCUUGUAGGCCAAAGAUUGUCACGACUUUCGAUGGUGCUAUCUCUAACAUAAAGCUUACAGCUCUUGCUCCGGACGUUGUGGCCAUAGCUGUUACUGGUGUGUAUUAAUUGUUAUAAACUUAUUCCUCUCUCUCGUUUUGAAUUACCAUUUCAACUGAGAAUCCAACUCCAUGUGAAACAAUAGAUCAGUAUGAAUGAUCUACAGUUUUAGUCACAUCACAGGACAAUACAUCAGCUUUUAGAAUAUAAUAUUGCUUCUGGUAUAGCUAAUUUCCAUUAUUUUUAGGCUUGGUGACUCCAACUGGAAAGUUAUAUAAUGCUGAGACGGCCAAGAAGCCUCUAUCAACUGCUAAAGCAUACUCAAAGCUAUUUGUGAGAGAAUGGGAUUCAUGGGUUACGGAAAACAAGAAUGCCAUUUGGUAUGCAACGAUCACAAAAGGCCGGGAUUCCGACGAUGUUCAUUUUUCUGGACUGGUAAACGCUUUAGCGGGCCAUAAAAUAUCCCUCGAGUCUCCAGUGCCACCAUUUGGAGGAACAGGAGAUUUUGAUAUCAGCAAAAACGGCAUAGUUUUUGUUGCCAAAGAUCCCAAUAUUAACCCAGCCAACUACACGAAGACAGAUCUAUACUACAUUCCCCUGAAGACAUUCACAGAGUCUGGAGCUCCUACUCCUCAGUUGGUCGAGACUGGCAAUCUAAAAGGCUACAGUCUAGGACCAGUGUGGUCCCCAGAUGCGAAGUCGGUGAUUUUCACAAGAAUGAAAAGUAUGCGACACGAAAUUUUACUGUAAUAGAAGACAAAGAUCUAACAAAAUUCAGAUAUUCAGUACGAAACUGAUAAGACCAGGCUUCUGUUAAUACCUGAUAUUACUGACCUCACAAACGUUCAAGAAUUCUUUGAAACGGAGGACGGAAAAGGUGGAUGGGACCUGAAACCCGAGAAUGUUACUUUCAGUCGAGACGGGAAAGAAAUAUACAUAACGGCGGAAGAGAACGGUCGAGUGAAACUAUUCAAGCUACCAGCUUCUCCACGCCAUGCUACAAAAUUACCCGAAGCUCUAACCAGUAACGGAACUGUUACGGACAAGCACGUUCUUCCAAGUGGUGAAUUAUUCUUUAGUGGGAAUUCCUUGAUUGACAACAGUGUCUAUUCCAUAAUUGACCCCGGUGAACCUUCCAAAAAAAUUACCGUUUCAUCUAGUUCUGAUGAGGGAAGAGCUUUCGGGCUUUCACAGAAGCAAGUCGAUGAAUUUUGGUUCACAGGAGCCGAAGAUUAUAAAGUCCACGCGUGGGUAUUUCGACCAUCAAACUUCGAUGAAAACAAGAAGUAUCCUCUUGCGUACCUCAUUCAUGGUGGAGUAAGUAAUUUAACAUUUGACAACGAAUAUUCAUGUUUUACUAAUUAUACUUAGCCACAAGGUGCAUGGAAUGAGGGAUGGAGCACGCGAUGGAAUCCAGCGGUUUUUGCCGAACAAGGUUAUGUUGUGGUCACUCCAAAUCCUACUGGAAGCAGUGGUUAUGGUAUGGCCUUGCAAGAUGGUAUCAAAGGCCAGUGGGGAGGACGACCAUAUAUUGACCUUGUGAAAGGAUUCGAGUACAUCGAGAAGAACCUGUAAGCUCUUAGAACAUAGUUCCUGCUUCCACAUAUCUGAGCAAUAUUAAUCCAUGCUAGAUCUUACGUCGAUACCAACCGUGCUGUAGCUUGUGGAGCUAGCUAUGGUGGAUUCAUGGUAAACUGGAUUCAAGGCCACGAUUUGGGUCGUAAAUUCAAAGCUCUCGUAACCCACGAUGGUGUCUUCUCAACCCUGAACCAAUAUGCAUCCGAAGAGUUAUUCUUCCCCCAUCAUGAUUUCGAAGGUACACUCUGGGAUAAUCCCGAAGGAUACCAGAAAUGGAAUCCAGCCAGCCACACUGCAAAUUGGCAAACACCCCAUCUCAUUAUCCAUAACGAUUUGGAUUAUAGAUUGCCCAUCUCAGAGGGUCUCGCACCCUUUAACGUGUUGCAGACACGUGGAGUAGAAAGUAGAUUUUUGACGUUCCCAGAUGAGAAUCAUGUGAGUUGUCUUUAUUCCGCUGAGAUGUAUAUUGGACUAUUACAGUGAAUGACGCUAAUGCUGUGUCAUAGUGGGUGUUGAAGCCUGAGAAUUCUCGAGUCUGGCAUAAGGAGGUGUUUGACUGGAUUAAUAAAUACAGUGGUAUUACCAAGGAGAAUGAAGAGUUGAGGAGGGAGAUUGAGAAAUUGAGUGUGAUUUAGGACCCUAAGUAGGGUGGGACCAUACACAUAUGGAUGCAAUGAAGGCAAAUUGAUUUUCGAGAGUGCUGGAACGAUGAUGAUGACCGGAGUAUGAAUACAAUGAGUAACAAGGCAUGAUCUUAUGAAAAGCAGGCAUAUAGAGAACAAAUCUUAUUCUCUCAACCUUCAAAUCGGCAUCUCUAUCAUUUAU